UUGGCGUUUGCACAGAAGAGACUUUCCGGGCCUUUUAUUUCGAGUACCGGGCAUUUCUUUUCGGAGGCCGGACCCCCAGUCCGGAAGAGGAUGGUGACCGCUGCUCUGAAGAGAUUUUGGUCCCGAGGGCGCGGAGAAUCCGGCGGACAGUCAGUUGACCUGGCGGUGGCAAAGCCACGCGUGUGGGCGCGGCUGGGCGCCUGGGCCCGCGCGCUGCUCCGGGACUACGCGGAGGCCUGCAGGGACGCGGCGGCGGCGGCGCGGGCCCGGCCGGGACGCGCGACUGUGUACGUGGGGCUGCUGGGCGGUGUGGCGGCCUGCUGCGCGCUGGCGCCGAGCGAGAUGGCCUUCGAGGAGUCGCUGCUGGAGGCGUCGGGUUCCCUUCUGCUGCUGGCGCCGGCCACGCGCAACCGCGACUCCGAAACUUUUGUGCAGCGGCUGCUGUGGCUGCGGGGCCGCGGCCGCCUGCGCCAUGUGAACCUGGGGCUGUGCUCGCUCGUGUACGAGGCUCCCUUCGACGCCCAGGCCAGCCUCUACCAGGCCCGCUGCCGCUACCUGCAGCCCCGCUGGGUGGAUUUCCCGGGUCGCGUUCUGGAUGUGGGCUUCGUGGGUCGCUGGUGGGUCUUGGGGUCAAGGAUGCGCGACUGCGACAUCAACGACGACGAGUUUCUCCACCUACCGGCCCAUUUGCGCAUCGUGGGGCCCCACCAGCUGCGAUCCGAGGCCAACGAGCGGCUCUUCGACGAGAAGUACAAGGCGGUGGUGCUCACCGAUGAUCAGGUGGACCAGGCGCUGUGGGAGGAGCAGAUGCUGCAGAAGGAGAAGAAGGACAGGCUGGCCCUGAGCGAGGCCGACGAGCUUAUGCAGCCCGAGGUGGCCAGAUGAAGGCCAGCGACAUUGGUGCCACGCAGCUCUCUCGUCGGCUCCGCACAGGUUCGGGGAGCCCAUUUCCCUCUCCUUGUUCCUUCUUAGCUGAGCUCAUGCUCAGCCUGGGUGAUCUUUGACGUAGGGAGAGCAGAGCGACUUGACCAUGUAAGGUUUAGCACUACCAGAGCUAGUCACGAGCCUUGGACAUUUAAGACAGGGUCUCUCUGUGUCGCCCAGCCCAGUCUAACUGCUGAGCCACAGGUGAUGCUCCCACCUCAGCCCCCGAAGUAGCUAAGACAACAGGCCGCCAUGGCCGGUUUCAGAUUUUCUUUUUAAAUUGGAACUUAAAUGGGUUUAUUCUUUGUUCUCUUCUUUGUGUGUGUGUGUAUUAUGUGCACCCCCACACUGGGGCUUGAACUCAGGACCUUCCAGUCACUGGGCAGAUGCCCUACCACAGAGUCACAUCCAUACCCUUGUUCUUUUUUGAGUAACAUUAAAAAAAAAUUUUUUUUGAAAUACAGACUCAACAUGUACCUGAUUAAAUAAUACAGAAACAUCUUCCCUGAAAUGGCAACAUUUUAUUUGAAUAAUUCUAAACCAGGAAGGAAAUUGGCAUUGGUGUGACUCUGGUUGUGAGAAGGGAAUUUCUUUGCAAAACAACCUGAUUUUACUGUGUGUGCAUUGACAGUGGCUGGAAGUGGGCUUGGAAGGACAGACUGCAGUGCUGUGAAAAUCUGUAUGGAGUCGUAGGUUCUGUGUGUGUUACACUGCAGGGUAAAAAUGAGUUCUAUGGAAAGGAAGAAGCUAGGGGGCAGGGGGUACACAGUUGGGUUAUGGGAAUCACACCUUUCAAGCUACACUGUUAGGGGAAUGAGACUACCUGUGUCACCUGGGUGGCCUGUGGCUAGUUGAUAAAAGCAGAAGAUCAAACAACUAUCUUUGCUGUGAUUUCUUUUCUUUGUUUUGUUUGCUUUUGUGUGUUUUGCCACUUUUAGUUUUCGGCACUUGGACCUUCCAUUCGUGAUAUGGAUGCACUGAACACACAGUAGUUCUUAAAUCCUUAUUUUGUGGUCAGAGGGGUAUUUCAAAGCCUGCAACUCCAUUUUAUAGAGGAAAAGUGGAGGUUCUGAACUUUUACUUUUAACAAGGCUGAGGCAAAUCCAGCCUUCAAACUCCUAACUCCCAGCCCUGUGACAGUCCUCAGACUUGUAGUACAGUACUAUUUUUGUUCCUAACAACGUCUUGACAGAAGUUUAUCUAAUUUUAUUUUGUUUUUUUUGAGUCAGGGUCCUAAUAUGUAAUCCUGACUGGCUCAAAUUCACCAUCCUACCUUCGCCUCCCCAGUGCUGGAAUUAC